AUGGAGGUGGCGGGCCCGCGGCGGGCAGGCGUUCGGCGAGUGGAGGAGGGGGAUCGCGUGGUGGUGUACGAGGCGCGGGACGCCAUGCGCAUCGCCACCGUCACGCCCAGCCGCUCCCUGCAGAACCGGUCAGACCCACCGUGGCGCGCGGGGGGGGGGGGUGGCGCGUGGGAGGGUGGCGCGCGGGAGGGAGGCGCAAGGGAGGGUGGCGCGCGGGAGGGUGGCGCGCGGGGGGUGGUGCAAGGGAGGGUGGCGCGCGGGAGGGUGGUGCAAGGGAGGGAGGCGCGCGGGAGGGUGGCGCGCGGGAGGGUGGCGCGCGGGAGGGUGGUGCAAGGGAAGGUGGCGCGUGGGAGGGUGGCGCGUGGGAGGGUGGUGCAAGGGAGGGUGGCGCGAGGGAGGGUGGUGCAGGAGCGCUUUGGAGUGUUCCGGCACAGCGAGUGGGCGGGGCAGCCGGUGGGGUCGCGGGUGCGGGCGGCCAAGGGAGGCGGCUUUGUGCACCUGCUUGCACCCUCGCCCGCCCUCUGGACCAAGGUGCUACCGCACCGCACGCAGAUCCUCUACCUGCCGGACAUCGCGCUCAUUAUCGCCCGCCUGGCUGUCACGCCCGGCGCCACCGUGCUGGAGAGCGGCACCGGCAGCGGCAGCCUCUCUCACUCCCUCGCCCGCGCCGUGGCGCCCACCGGCCGCCUGCUCUCCUUCGACUUCCACCACGCCCGCGCGGAGCAAGCCCGGGCGGAGUUUGAAGCCAAUGGCAUAGCGGGCGUGGCCAGUGUGCAGGUGAGGGACAUCCAGGGCCACGGCUUCCCCCCUCACCUGCACGCCUCCGCGCACGCCGCGUUCCUGGACCUGCCCUGCCCCUGGCUCGCCCUGCCCUCCGCCGCCGCGUGCCUGCUGCCGGGCGGGCGGCUGUGCUCCUUCUCGCCGUGCAUGGAGCAGGUGCAGCGCUGCUCCCAAGCCAUGCGCGCCCACGGCCUCACCGACAUUCGCACUGUGGAGCUGCUCAGCCGAAGCUACGAGGUGCGGGAGGAAGUCCUCACCGUGCCAGACCUGAAGCCAGCCUCGGAAGCUCCGAGCCUUGAGCCGCCAGGGGGGAGGGCCAGCGAGGGCGGCGGGGGCCAGCAGAGCGACGGUCGGGCAGCGAAACGCCGCCGCGAGGAGGGGGCUGGUGACGAGAAGGGGGGUGGUGGUGAGGAGGACGGUGGGAUGGAGCAGAGCACAGCGGCAAGGGCGGAGGAGGGGAGACAAGACGGUGGUGCGAUGGGAGAGGCAGGGGCAGUGGGCAGAGGGAGGAGGGAGAUGAGCAGGCGGCAAAGGGGGAUGGCGGAGAGCGUGGGCGAGGAGAGGAGGUACGUGGCAGCGAGGCCGGUGGCGGAGAGCAAGGGGCACACGGGGUACCUCACUUUCGCCGUCAAGCCCGUGUGA